UUCACCUCCCUCGUCCGCCAUUACCCCCAAAUUCCAAAACCCUAACUGAUUCAUCUACUCAAUUCGAUUCUACUGAAAUGGACGGCACCGUCACGGAGCUCAGUCCCUCCAGCAACGGCGACACACCGCUGCGCCGCAGUGUCCGCCGAAGGCUUGUCCAAUCGACGCUCUUCCCUCACAAGCCACCUGAACCCGUCGAAAAGAACGACAAAGAAGACGAACAUGACGAGGAUUACUGCGAAGCUGAGAAUCACAAGAAGAGGAAGCCGAAACCAAAAACCACUCCUCGAAACAAAGGUUCCAGGAGUGCAACGCCAAAGAAAAAUGCAUCCGCUAAUGGGAUUAGGGGCUCAACUUCGCGGCAAGUGUUGACUGAUUCUGACCAGGUCAAUACACCCAUGCCUGAUUUGCGGUCAGAGGCCAAAUUGUCUGCUGAGGAAAAUUCGAGGAUUUUUGCAGGGCGGCAAAUACAUCCAUUUUUUUCAUUGUGGAAGGCGGGGAAGAAAGUUCAGAACCUGGCUGAAUCAGGAAGUAAUUUAUGUACAACUAAGAGAGAGGAUGAAAGGACUACCUGUGGCCCUAUUCAUGUAUUUGAAAGUAUUCAGGACAAUACCAUAUCCCUUGACUGGAGAAACUGGACGCUCUUGGAAAAUACUACCUGCGUGAAUUAUGGUCAAGAAAGUUCGAAUUCAUCUGUUUUGGAGGGUUCAGUUGAAUCCUUAAAUCUUGACAAGGUUCUUAGUUCUUUGGAUCCGAUUGGUGCUUCAAUUUCUCAGAACGCCUUAUCUUCAGAUACACUUUCGGAGCAUUCAAUGUGUCCUCCAAUGUGUAAAGAUGCUGAAGUGGACUUGGGGGUGGAUGAAUCCGUUACUUCAACUGUGCAAGCUGGCAUUUUUGGAAAGUCAGAUACUGAACCGCUGAGUAGAUUUCUUCAAGAAAGUAUGAGGUCAUACUACCAUAGUUGUGAAGAUAAGGUUGAGGCUGGUUUGUGGACAUACAAAUACAAGCCAACAAAGGCCAUUGAGGUAUGUGGUAAUGAUGAAUCUGUGAACUUCUUGCGUGACUGGCUACAUCUUUGGCAUGAAAGACGUUACAAAAGCAGGAAGGAUACCUCCAUGCGAGAUGCUGAAGUAGAUGAUGAGGAUGAUGGUGAUUACAACUGUUCUUAUAGUGACUACGAUUCAGAAGAUAUAAAUGGGGAGGAUACCCUGCAGAAUGUUCUUUUAAUUACAGGACCGAUAGGGAGUGGCAAGUCUGCAGCAGUCUAUGCUUGUGCCCAAGAGCAAGGGUUUGACAUUUUAGAGCUCAAUGCAUCAGAUUGUAGAAAUGGGACUGUUGUCAAGCAGUAUUUUGGGGAUGCCCUUUGUUCACUUGGAUUCAAAAGGUUAUCAGAACAUACUGCAAGUUCACAGAAGAGAACUGCAGAAUUGCCACCAGCUCCUGCUUUGGUCAGUGGUCAAGCUGCUGAUGAGGUGGUUGAACUGAUAUCCAUAUCUGAUGAAGCUCCUAGCCAUGGUGGUUCAUCGCAGAAGUUACUUGGCAAAAAUAAUUUAGUUGCUUGUGAUAAAGUCCAAACUAUAAUUCUAGUUGAGGAUGUGGACAUUCUUUUUCCUGAAGAUCGUGGAUGUAUUGCUGCCAUACAACAGAUUGCUGAGACUGCAAGGGGGCCAAUUAUAUUGACCAGCAAUAGUGAUAAUCCUGGCCUGCCAGAUAAUUUUGAUAUGCUCCAUGUUUCAUUUGUGUUGCCAUCACCGAAGGAGUUGCUUUGCCAUUUGUACACUGUAUGUGUUUGUCUCACAGAAGGAGUCAACAUCCAUCCUCUUUUACUGAAGAAGUUUAUACAGUCUUGUGAUGGAGAUAUCCGAAAAUCCAUUAUGCAUCUUCAGUUCUGGUUUCAAAGUAAAAGAUUUCGAAAAGAUGGAAAAGAACAGACGGGCUAUGGCUCACUUCCAUUUGAUCUUGAGCUUGGCCAUCAGAUACUACCAAAGAUAAUGCCCUGGAGUUUCCCCUCAGAGAUUUCCGAGCUAAUUGAGAACGAAAUCACCAAAUCAGCAAAUAUAAUGGAAGAAAACAAUAGAGAGUUAGUUACAGAAGAGUCUCUUCACAUAAAUGAAAGGCAAAAUGAUUUAGAUGUUCAGUAUUUGGAGACUGAUUCUAUAGAGGCCAAGAAGGUGGAGAUGAUAAAGAGAAAUGGAUCUUUAACAGAUUACAGCGAGCUUGAAAUUCAAUACAAUGCUAUUUCUGAGUUUUCCAACUCUUCUGGAUCUCCACUUGCAUCCUCUUGGCAAAAUGGUCGAAGGAAACUUGUAGUAAUGUCCUCUGAUUCUGAGGACGAGGAUUCAAAUAAUGGAUACCCUGUAGACUCACAUGAUGCUAAUAAUAGACAAUCCAUGAGAGAAAAUGAUGAAUGUCUGCCUGAGUUUCAGUUGAAUGGAAACUGUCCCAGCUCAUCAGUUCGCAAACUGGUUUGUUCUGAAUUGGAGGAUUCAGAAGAUGAACAUUUUAAAUAUUCAGAAACAGCUGACGAUACGUGCUUGAGUGAAAUAUCUAAAUCAUAUGAUGUAUCCUGUGUGCCAGAAUCAACAUUAGUUCCUGAGACUGCAAUUGAAAAUGGAACAGAGACAAUGUCUGGAGCUGUGUCUUCUGGCCAUCUUGUCGGUCCUCUGGAGGUUUCUGUGAAUAAUGAGUUGAAACCAUUCACUUUCAGUGUCCGUAGGCGGUUAGCAAAACUGACACAAAAUCCAGACUUGCGGGUGGAUACUGCAAUUCCAGGUUCUUCUCUCAAAGGGGUUCAACGAGAUGUUGUAGACAAGAAUAUGGAAACUACAAUUGUCAAUGUGAUGGAUGAGUGCAGUCGUAUGGAUUUCAAACUAAACUCAACAUUUGUACAAUCCAAUCUAUCAAUGGAGACAGAUAUACAAAAAUUGUGGACAAACCUUCGGGAGCGUAGAAUGGAUUCAAGGCAGCAAGCUACCGAAGAACAGCUACAUUCUCUUCAAGUUGUUAAACUUGCUAGUGGACUGAGCAAUCUAUUUUCUGAAGCUGACUUGUUUCAUGAUCACCAACAAAAACGUGAUAUUAUGGAACCUCCAAUUUUCCGUUCUGGUGAAGCCGCAUCUAGUUGGUAUCAUGAGCACGUAAUGAUGCCCACUGUUGCUGAACAUGGGUUUUGCUUUUACGCUAAGCUUAUAGCAGAUGUAGGAUCAAAAUUGGGAUAUGAUAACUGGGUUGAUUUAACUUCUGAGAUAUUGGCUUCCACUACUAAUAUUAUGGCGUUGGGAAAAUUAUCGGAGCAGGAUCUCACGAAAAGCAAAGCUAUCUUUACUGGAAAGCAAUUAGAGUGGAACCCAAUAAAUGAAAUGCAGAAGAGUGAAACCAAAACAUCUCUGUUCAAGGCGAUCCAAUCCACUGUUCCUGCAAGAAUAUCCUUGACAUUAAAAGGUGACGUAUUCAAUGAAUAUCUAUCUUCAUUACGCCAAAUUUCAAGAUCAGAAGCUUUCCGCAUUUCACAAGAUGUUGAAAAGAAGAGAAGAGGAAGGGCGCGGGGUGGUCAUUACUUGAGUAGAUGUACAAUGUUGUCUCCUGAAGAUAUAUCUUUGAUGACUGAGGGUGAUUUGUACAGAAAGAUCUCUUCUCAACAUACAACUGACAUAGAAGGCAAAUUAUAACUGUAUAUAGGUUUAAUAAUACAUAUAAGCAGCUAGAAGAACGCGUAGAUGAUUGACAUAGAAUAGGUCCGUGUAGUUUGUUUUUGCCGAUGAUUAUGGUCACAGACUAAGAAUGAAAAUUAAACUAGCGCAGUGAUAGGAGUUGUAGAAGCGGUAGAAGUUGAUCCAAUUAUGAAAAAUGAU